CUCCUGAGACAGGAUUUCUCUGUACAGUCCACAUUGCCCAUGUAGACCAUGCUGGCCUCGAACUCAAGAGAUCCACUUGCCCCUGCCCCUAGAGAGCGGGAGUUAAUAGGCUCACACUUCCACGGUGGGUCCAUAGGAAGCAGGGAGGUGGCCCGCUGCCUUCCUGAUCCUUAGGCUGUAAACCGAAGCCAUCUGCACCAGGCCACAACGGUAGCCAGAACACCAUGGCCCCUCCCACCAGGCCACCUUGCCUGUCUUAGGUUUGAAACUGGGAAGGUGAGACCCGGGAGGGUGCACCUUGGGUAUCUUAGCAGGACCAGGACAGCAGUGCUAGACUGUGGCUGGAGGUCAAAGGGCAGAGCACCUUUCGGGGUUCCCUCUUAAGCCCAGUGUCCUUUGCCCUAGGGGGUGAGAUCGGAGCUGAAGACGGCCCCCUAGCUUGGCCAAUGAACUGACCGUCCCUGGGAUGGGACCAGUAGGAGUGGGCGGGACCAUUGCUGUUUAACAAACAGCCUCCAAACUCCCCUUCCCACGUUGUCAGGAUUCUAGAUUUUUCUCUUUCCAGCCCGUCCUCUUUGACUCUUCCUUGCCUCUCUGGGGCACCUGCUCUCUCUCCUAGCACCUGCCGCUCAGUAGGAAGGGCAAGGACUAUUCCACGCGGUGCACUGGGAGGAGUCUCCAGCCCUCCUCCUGCGCUUCCUUCUCCAGGGCGCCUCUUAGGCUCCGCCCUCACCUGCCCGAGAUAAUUUUAGUUUCCCUGGGCCUGGAAUCUGGAUACGCAGUGCUCGCUCCAUAUUCUCCCGCCUCAACAUCCAAAGGCGGGAUAACCCUCCUACCACCUGUAGUGAAGAGACAGAGGAUUCGAAAUCAAGCCCAAGUGUCUGGGAUCUCCAGACAGAGCCAGACUCUGGGUCCGGUGUCGGGCUCCUGCUGCUGCAGUCGCCCCAGGUGCCAUGGAACUGGAUCUGAGCCCAUCUCAUCUCAGCAGCUCCCCAGAAGAUGCGCGCCCAACUCCUGGGACCCCUCCCGAGACUCCUCCGCCUCCUGAUAACCCUCCGCCAGGGGAUGUGAAGCGGUCACAGCCUUUGCCCAUCCCGAGCAGCAGGAAACUUCGAGAAGAGGAGUGUCAGGCAACCUCUCUACCGUCCAUUCCCAACCCAUUCCCUGAGCUCUGCAGCCCACCUUCGCAGAAACCCAUUUUUGGUGGUUCCUCCGGUGCGAGGGGGUUGCUUCCCCGAGAUUCCAGUCGCCUCUAUGUGGUCAAGGUCUACAGUGAAGAUGGGGCCUGCCGGUCUGUGGAGGUGGCAGCGGGCGCAACGGUUCGGCACGUGUGUGAGAUGCUGGUGCAGCGAGCUCACGCCCUGAGCGAUGAGAACUGGGGCCUGGUGGAGUGCCACCCCUACCUGGCACUGGAGCGGGGUUUGGAGGACCAUGAGUUUGUGGUGGAAGUGCAGGAGGCCUGGCCUGUGGGUGCAGACAGCCGCUUCAUCUUCCGCAAAAACUUCGCCAAGUAUGAACUCUUCAAGAGCCCUCCACACACCCUGUUCCCAGAAAAGAUGGUCUCCAGCUGUCUGGAUGCACAAACAGGCAUAUCCCAUGAAGACCUCAUCCAGAACUUCCUGAACGCCGGCAGCUUCCCCGAGAUCCAGGGCUUCCUGCAGCUGCGGGGAUCCGGCCGCGGGUCAGGUCGAAAGCUUUGGAAACGGUUUUUCUGCUUUCUGCGUCGGUCUGGCCUCUACUACUCUACAAAGGGCACCUCCAAGGACCCCAGAUACCUACAGUGCGUGGCAGACAUAAAUGAGUCCAAUGUGUACGUGGUGACGCAAGGCCGCAAGCUGUACGGGAUGCCCACCGACUUUGGCUUUUGUGUCAAGCCAAACAAGCUUCGAAAUGGUCACAAGGGGCUCCACAUCUUCUGCAGCGAGGAUGAGCAGAGCCGGACCUGCUGGCUGUCCGCCUUCCGGCUCUUCAAGUACGGAGUACAGCUGUAUAAGAAUUAUCAGCAGGCCCAGCCUCGUCACCUGCGCCUAUCGUAUUUGGGGUCUCCACCCUUGAGGAGUGUCUCAGAUAAUACCCUAGUGGCUAUGGACUUUUCUGGACAUGCUGGGCGUGUCAUUGAUAACCCCUGGGAGGCUCUGAAUGCUGCCAAGGAGGAGGCCCAGGCCUGGAGGAAGAAGACAAACCACCGUCUGAGCUUGCCCACGCCGUGUUCCGGUUCAAGCCUCAGUGCAGCCAUCCAUCGCACCCAGCCCUGGUUUCAUGGACGCAUCUCCCGGGAGGAGAGCCAGCAGCUAAUUAGACAACAGGGCCUGGUGGAUGGUGUGUUCCUGGUCCGAGAAAGCCAGCGGAACCCACAGGGCUUCGUCCUGUCCUUGUGCCAUUUGCAGAAAGUCAAGCAUUAUCUCAUUUUGCCAAGCGAAGAUGAAGGCUGCCUUUACUUCAGCAUGGAUGAUGGCCAGACCCGUUUCACAGACCUGCUGCAGCUGGUGGAAUUCCACCAACUGAACCGAGGCAUCCUGCCCUGCCAGCUGCGCCACUGCUGUGCCCGUGUGGCCCUCUGAGGUCCUGUCCCCUUGGUAGCGCUCCUGAAACGCUGUUCCCAGGUGGUCUCAGGCCCCACCCACACUCUGUACAGACUGAGAGGCCAGUUGAUCUGCUCUGUUUUAUACCAGUGACAAUAAAGAUUAUUUUUUGAUACA